GUCUUGUGUGGAAGCCAGACUUCGUCAUUUUCUUGGUGGAAGAGAAGCAGCUCUGGGAUGUGAAGAGAAAGGAGACAGUACCCUUCCAUCCAGCUGUGAUUUCUCCAUGAAUCUCUUCUGAGAAAGAAAUCUAGAGGACGAAGUGAAAGAAGAAGAAAUGGCCAGUUCUCAGGGACUGCUGACAUUCAGGGAUGUGGCCAUAGAAUUCUCUCAGGAGGAGUGGGGAUGCCUGAACCACACUCAGCGGGAACUGUACAGGGAUGUGAUGUUAGAGAACUACGGACACCUCCUCUUCUUGGGUCUUGUUGUAUGGAAGCCAGAUCUGGUCAUCUUUUUGGAACAAGAGAAGGAGCUCUGGGAUGUGAAGAGAAAGGAGACCAUAGACUUCCACCCAGCAGUAUCUUCAAGUGGCACCCAGAGCUUCCUGCCAACAUUGUGCAUAGAAGCUUCUUUCCAAAAUGUGGCAGUGCAUAGAUAUAAACAUAGUGCCCUUGAGAAUUUACACUUCAUGGUAGACUGUAACAAAGAUGGGGAGAGUGAAGAGCACCAAAUAUAUCAUGAAGGACGUAUCCAAACUGAGACAACUGCGCAUAAUAUGAAUAUCACUGCCCAAGAUGGUGAAGGAUAUAAAACAUUUUGGAAAACCUCCCUUCUUAAGUCUGCCUCUUCUGCAAAGCAGUGUGUUUCUAUAAGCACAGCCUCAAAUCAAAUGAUUAAACAUACAUAUUUGCAGAAUGAAAAGUUAGAAAAUCUGGAAAGUUGCCUAGUCCAUGCUGAAAAUAAUUACUUCAACCAUUUUGAAAGUAGGAUUGGAUUGACCUUUGAGUCAAAUAUUUCUGAAAAUCAGAGAUUUAAGAAUGAAGAAAAUUCUGAAUGGGAUUCAUUUGAGAGGUCCUUCACUGAAGAGUUAACCCUACAAAAUUACCAGAGUAUUUUCAAUGAAAAUGGAAUUGCUCAAUGCAGUGAAUCUGAGAAAAAAUUUAACCCAGGUUCAGAUGUUAAUACAUGUCUGAGGACUCAUUUUCCAGAGACUCAUUAUGAAUAUGAUAAAUGUGUGGAAGUCUUUUAUCAAAGCUCCAACCUUAUUAUACAUAAUAGUAUCCCUAUGGAAGAGAAUCCUUUUAAGUUUAAUGAAUGUGAGAAAGCUCUUAACCAGUCCUCCAGUGUAGGUGAUUAUCAGAGAAUUCAUGUGGGAAAAAACUCUUAUAGAUGUUAUAAACCUGGGAACAUGUUUAGUCAGUCUUCAAGAGUAAACAUACAUAACACAAUCGGUACUGACCAGAAAAGUUACAUUUGUAAGGAAUGUGGCAAAGCCUUUGACUGGCAUUCAACAGUGUGUCAACAUCAGCCUAUGUAUAUUGGAGGGAAACCUUACAAAUAUGAAGAAUGUGGCAAGGUUUUUAUCCACCACUCACACUUUACUCAACACGACAGAAUUCGUACUGGAGAGAAAAUCUACCAAUGCAAAGAAUGUGGCAAGUCCUUUAACCAUCACUCAAAUCUUAGUCGACAUUACAGAAUUCAUACUGGAGAGAAACCUUACCAAUGUAAAGAAUGUGGCAUGGCCUUCAACCAGCACUCAGUUCUUACUCGACAUCACAGAAUUCAUACUGGAGAGAAACCUUACCAAUGUAAAGAAUGUGGCAAGGCCUUUAACCAGCACUCAAACCUUACUCAACAUCACAGAAUUCAUACUAGAGAGAAACCAUACCAAUGUAAAGAAUGUGGCCAGGUCUUUAACCAUCACUCAAGCCUUACUCAACAUCACAGAAUUCAUAGUGGAGAGAAACCUUACCAAUGUAAAGAAUGUGGCCAGGCCUUUAACCAGCACUCAAACCUUACUCGACAUCACAGAAUUCACACUGGAGAGAAACCUUACCAAUGUAAAGAAUGUGGCAAGGCCUUUAACCAGCACUCAAAACUUACUGAACAUCACAGAAUUCAUACCGGAGAGAAACCAUUUAUAUGUACAGAAUGUGGCCAAGCCUUUAACCGACACUCCCAUCUUACUCGACAUCACAGAAUUCAUACUGGAGAAAAACCUUACCAAUGUAAAGAAUGUGGCAAGGCCUUUAACCAGCACUCAAAACUUACCGAACAUCACAGAAUUCAUACUGGAGAGAAACCUUACAUAUGCAAAGAAUGUGGUAAGGCUUUUAACCGGCACUCACACCUGACUCGACAUCACAGAAUUCAUGUUGGACAGAAACCUUACACAUGUAAGGAAUGUGGCCACACCUUUAUCCAGCACUCACACCUAAGUCAACAUCACAGAAUUCAUACUUGAAGGAAACCUUAUGAAAGUGAAGAAUGUGGGAAGGCCUUUAAUCACUCUUCAAUCUUUACUCAUUAUCCAGAAUUCACAGUGGCAAACUCUACAAUGUUAAAGAAUGUGAGAAAACUCCUAAGGACGACUCACCCCUUAUUCUACAUCAGAGACUUCAUAUUGGAGAGUAACCAUAAAGUUGUAAAUAAUGUGGAAAGGUUUUUAAGCAAUGCUCAUUCCUUAUCAGAGAAUGUAUAUCAGAGAAGAUUUUGCCAAAAUGAUGAAUUUGGCAAGCCCUUUACUCAGAGGUCAAGUUUUAUGAGAACGAACCUACACUUCCCACUGGGGUCUGCCUGGGAGAUCGCGGGACCCCUUCCGGACCCCAUGGGGCCCGGCACUGCAGCGGGGAAGACAAAGGCUGAGAAUGGGUGGCAGGUCCACCGUGUACAAAGGGGACAGGCGGGGACGAGAGAGCAGCAGGGCCUGACUUGGGCUGCGGGGUGUAGACGGAGGUCUGCGGAGCAAAGCAGAGAAGUGCUCGUCGCUUUUACAAACUGGGCGUCCAGGCGGGCGGGAGGGGCCGCGGGCGCCCAGGCCCGGGAGCUCGGGAGCUCGGGAGCUCGGGAGCUCGGGAGCUCGGGAGCUCGGGAGCUCGGGAGCUCGGGAGCUCGGGAGCUCGGGAGCUCGGGAGCUCGGGAGCUCGGGAGCUCGGGAGCUCGGGAGCUCGGGAGCUCGGGAGCUCGGGAGCUCGGGAGCUCGGGAGCUCGGGAGCUCGGGAGCUCGGGAGCUCGGGAGCUCGGGAGCUCGGGAGCUCGGGAGCUCGGGAGCUCGGGAGCUCGGGCCCGCUCCGCCCCCGCGUCCUGCAGGCUGGGUCCGCGGCGCGGGGGCGCGCGGCCGGAAGCCCUGGUGGCCGCGUCGGCGCGGCGCCACGUCCUCGAGGGCCUCCAGGAUGGUCCGGCGCUGCUCGGGCCUGACGUCCACGCGGAGGGGAUGCGCCUGCAGGACGCGCCGCCGGACCGUGCUGCCCCCCGGCGUGGCCACCAGGGGCUGCUGACAUUCAGGGAUGUGGCCAUAGAAUUCUCUCAGGAGGAGUGGGGAUGCCUGAACCACACUCAGCGGGAACUGUACAGGGAUGUGAUGUUAGAGAACUAUGGAAACCUUCUCUUCUUGGGCCUCAUUGUGUCAAAGCCAGACCUCGUCUCCUUUUUGGAGCAAAAGAAGGAGCCUUGGAGUGUGAAGAGAAAGAAGAGAGUAACCAUCCAUCCAGCCAUAUCUUCUCGUGACACCCAGAGCUUGCUGUCAAAGCCAAGCAUCAAAGCUUCUUUCCAAAGAGUGUCAAUGGGUAGAUUAAAAAAUAAUGCCCUUGAGAAUUUACACUUCAUGACAGACUGGGACAAUGAUGGAGAGAGUGAAGGGCAUCAAAGGCAUCAUGAAGGCCACAACCAAACUGAGACAUCUGCCCAUAAUAAGAAUCUCCCUGCCAAAAAUGGUGAAGGAUAUAGAGCAUUUUCAGUAACCUCCCUUUUUAAGUCUGCUACUUCCACAAAGCAGUGUGUUUCUGAAAACAAAAACUCAAAUCAAAUAUUCAAACUUACAUAUUUAGGGAACGACGACAGUUUGGAAAAUCUGGGAAGUUACCUAGUCCAUGCUGAAAAUAAUUAUUUGAACCAUUGUGAAAAAAGAAUUGGAUUGACUAUUCAGUCAAAUAUUUCUAAAAAUCAGAGAUUUAAAAAUGAAGAACAAAGUGCUAAACAGGAUCCAUUUGAGAGGUGUUUCACUAAGGAGUCGACCCUACAAAAUUACCAGAGCCUUUUCAAUGGAGACAGAGUUGCUCAAUGCAGUGAAUCUGAGAAAACAUUUAACCAGGGCUCCAAUGUUAGUCGAUGUGUGAGGACUCAGUUUCUAGGGAACCAUCAUGAGUGUAGUAAAUUUGGGGAAGUCUUUUAUCAAAACUCUAACCUUAGUAUACAUAAUAGUAUGAAUACAGGAGAGAAUCCUCAUAAUGAAUGUGUGAGUGCUCUUAACCAGUCCUCCAAUGUUGAUGAUCAACAGAGAAUUCAUGUGGGAAAAAAUCCAUUCAGGUGUAAUAAACCUGGGAACAUGUUUUGUCAAGCAUCAAGGCUAAGUAUACAUAAGACAGUCCAUACUGGAGAGAAAAGUGACAUUUGUAAGGAAUGUGGCAAAGAUUUUGACUUGGACUCAGUACUACCUCAACGUCACGGAAUGCGUACUGGAGAGAAACCAUACAAAUGUGAAGAAUGUGGUAAAACGUUUAAGGUCUGCUCAUCCCUAAAUAGACAUAGGCGAAUCCAUACUGGAGAGAAACCUUACAAAUGUGAAGAAUGUGGCAAGGCCUUUAACAGGCACUCAAGUCUUACUCUACAUUCCAGAAUUCAUAAUGGAGAAAAACCUUACAAAUGUGAAGAAUGUGGCAAGGCCUUUAUCCAGUGCUCACACCUUAUUAGUCAUCGCAGAAUUCAUACUGGAGAGAAACCUUACAAAUGUAAAGAAUGUGGCAAGGCCUUUAACACUCAUUCAGGUCUUAUUCAACAUCACAGAAUUCAUACUGCAGAGAAACCUUAUAAAUGUAAAGAAUGUGGCAAGGCCUUUAAACAUGACUCAAGCCUUACUCAGCAUCACAGAAUUCAUACUGGAGAGAAACCUUACAAAUGUAAAGAAUGUGGCAAAGCCUUUAACCAGCGCUCUCACCUCUCUAAACAUCACAGAAUUCAUAUUAUAGGAGAACCUUACAAAUGUAAAGAAUGUGGCAGGGCCUUUACACAGCACUCAAGCCUUACUCGACAUCACAGAAUUCAUACUGGUGAGAAACCUCACAAAUGUGAGGAAUGUGGCAAGGCCUUUAAUAGGCAUUCAUAUCUUACUCAACAUCACAUAAUUCACACUGGAGAGAAACCUUACAAAUGUAAAGAAUGUGGCAAGGCCUUUAACCAGCAUUCAAGCCUUACUAACCAUCACAGAAUUCAUACUGAAGAGAAACCUUACAAAUGUAAAGAAUGUGGCAAGGCCUUUAAACAUGAUUCUACCCUUACUCAGCAUUACAGAAUUCAUACUGGAGAGAAACCUUACAAAUGUAAAGAAUGUGGCAAGGCCUUUAUCCAGCACUCACAACUUAUUAGUCAUCAUAGAAUUCACACUGGAGAGAAACCUUACAAAUGUAAAGAAUGUGGCAAGGCCUUUAACCACCACUCAAGCCUUACUCAUCAUCACAGAAUUCAUACUGGAGAGAAACCCUAUAAAUGUAAAGAUUGUGGCAAGGCCUUUAACCAGCACUCAAGACUUACUCGACAUUACAGAAUUCAUACUGGAGAGAAACCUUACCAAUGUAAAGAAUGUGGUCGAGCUUUUAUCCAGCACUCCCACCUUACUAGUCAUCACAGAAUUCAUGCUAGAGAAAAACCUAACAAAUGUAAGGAACGUGGUGAGGCCUUUAAUCACCUUUCAACCUUUACUCAUUAUCAAAGAAGUCAUACUAGAGCAAAGCUUCAAAGUUUUAGGAUUGUGAGAAAAAAAAUUUUUUAAGUUCUUUUAAGCAACAAGAAUCUAGACUUGAACGGAAAAUGAUCAAGAUUCUUUUCUUUUACACUAAUUUAUCCCUUCUUAAGACAUUGUCCUACAUCUAAAACUAUAUACAACAAAAUUAUAUAAAUAUUCCUUGAUUUUACAAUGAUAAAUGAAAAAAAUUAUCCAAUCUAACAAGGUAUGCAAUGUUCUUUUAUAGUUGUUGUCAAACUGUGAGAGCAAAGUAACUCAUGGAAUGUAAAGAUAAGAGCUGAAUAAUCACAGCAUUAAUGGAAAAGAGUAUUUUCACAGAACCACUCUUUCCCCCUCAUCCUGUCUCCUCUUAAUGUUGAUCAAACUGUACCAUUGGCCAUUUAGUUUUUGGGGUUUUUUUUAGGUUUUCUUUUUAGUUUUUUUUUUUUUUUUUUUUUUUAAGCCAUAUGCUUGUGCAGAGACACAGUUAUCUUAUGUCCAAUAAAGGAAUGGGGAAGGAAAAAAUGAAAGAACAGAGGAAACCCCUUCUUGGUCUGGAGGGGCAGAGUUGUUAAGUGUCAGGUUCCCUUUCUAGUAGACACCUCUCUGGUGCUGGACCCAUCAGUUGUAUCUUUCUCCUCCGUUUUCCAGCUGUGCAGGUGUGUCUUUUUCCUUUAUUGGAUGCCCAUCAAAUCAUGUGUCCUAUUGCAUUGACAAACCUUAUUGUUCACAAUAGUUUUUCAUUAGUUUAUUACAUGCGGCAUACACUUCUUCAUCUUUAACUGGACUACAAAGCAAUCCUGCCCCAUCACCUUCAAAUUAAUAUGAUCAUUGUUCUCAGUCUUGAUUCCUUCAUUGGGUAUUUCUUCGGCCAUUGAGAGUGCCAGCAUCUCCUCAGCUGCCUCUUCUCAGAACUAUUGGGUCCCCAAUGACAGUACACAAAUAGCAGAAGUGGCUGAAGAAGCAACUAUGAGAGGAUUUGUAAGUACUGCUCUACUCUUACUCCACAUUAGGUAAUUCAUAACAGAGAGUAAUGAAAUAUGUGUAAAGAAUGUGGCAAGGCCUUUCAACAAUGGCAAACCAUGAUUCCUGAUCAGAAAAUGUAUAGCGGAGAGGAUUUUACAGAUACCACAGAAUUGGCAAGCACACUAACCAGUACUCAAGCCUUACCAUCUGAGGAAAAUCAUUACAACAUCACUACAUCUAGAUAAACCUCUAGAUAGAACUCUGGACUUUUCAACAUCAUAGCUAUCAUACAAUAUAGAAACCAUAAAGUGUAAAAGUUGCAGUUCCUUUAACUGGAAUUCAGUCCUGAAUCAAUAUCCCAAAAUGCGUACUAGAAUCAAAACCUACAAAGAGAUGAAUGAGGAAAGAACUUGUUUUUAUAUAUAGACUUUAGAAAACAUCAGAGAUUACAGAAAGGAAAGGAAGUUGAAAGACAUAAAUAUUUAGAAAUGUACUUAUUGCACAUCAAAUGUCAAUAAAUGUCACAAAUUAAUAGAAAGCAGUAUAUAAGUUACCCUUUUUAGACCGUACUCUACAUCAAAUACUUACAAGGAAUAGUACAAAGUUAAAUGUGAGGAUAAUGUAUUAUGCUUCAAAAGAUACAAGGGAUGGAUUUUUGCAAAGGUAUAAUUUCGAUGUGCUUGUUUUACACUGACCCUGUGUGAGCUAGGUGACUAGUACAUAUUAAUGCAUUUUGUACUUUAGAAAAUUCAUGGAUGCCUAGUUGGUAUAUGAAAUUAUGUGGCUGACUUGCUGCAUCAAAGAUGAGAUGCCCUUCUUCCUUAGGUGGGUCUCAUGCAGACCUCAUUUCCCAUUGAAGAUGAACAACAACAUGAUUUAGAAUAUAUGAAGAAGAUCUAAAUGAAGAUGCUGUUCAUGGUUAUAACAUUAAUGUAAGUUACCAUGAAAUAAGUUUUCAGAAUAUCAUUCUCCAUUCAUUAAAACUAAAAAACUUUGUGGAUAGUUUAAAUAAAAUGGUUUGCUAGUUGGUGUUUAAGGACAAAGAGGUGGCAGUCCUGUAAAAUACUGACGAAUCUUGAUAAUAGCAAUGGUUAUAAGUUGAAUUCUCAACAUCAGGUGGUGUGGUUCCAAUGAGGAAAUCAGCACAGAUACCACAAAGAGAAUAGAUAAGUCUUCCCUAUGAUGGCAUACAGAUGGAAAUUCAUAUUUCUUCAGAGUUCUCUCAAGCUUGAAAAAGUUUUAUAUGGAAAUUAAGCGGUUAACAAGUUAAAAUCAACUGUUAAGCCUCUUGGUAACCAGAGAUUAAAAACCUGUAGUCAAUACAUAAUAGAUAGGGAGAAAAUAAUGGAAGUAUACACCCACAGAAAAUCACCAAAUCACAAAGAUGAAGAUGAGAGCAAGUAUUUCUAAAACAGGAAACGAAAGAAUGACAACAGUAACUCCAUACUUUAAUCUCUACUUACUUUAAAUAUAAAGGGACUAAAUUCUCCAAUUAAAAGGUAUGCCUGAAUGGAAAGAAAUAGAAGACCCAAGUAUAUUUUCCUUCAGUCUUAAGAACACACUCAGACAGAAAGUGCAGGUGUGAAAAAAGAUAUACCAUGCAAAUAGAAACCAGAUGAAAUGAGGAUGGGUAUGCUUACAUCAAUCAAAGUAGACUUUAAGUCAAAGACUAGUAAGACACUGCACGGGUCAUUAUAAAAUAAAGGGGUUACAUCGUGCAGUGUUUUUAAUUAUGGUGCAUUUGGGAAAAAAAGAUUUCCCCCAUUCUAGUUUUGGUAGGACUCAAACAGUGUGUUUAUAACUCACAUAAUACCCCUAUGAAAAACAAUGUACUUUCCCAUAAAUUUUGGUGGUGUUUUUCCAGGUACAUCAAUUAUAGCUUAUUUAAUGUUUAUGAACAUCUAUAUCUCCUGUGUCCCCUAAAUGGCUAGUCAAUAUUCAAAAACCUACUCCUGUGCUUCGAGGUUGGGAAAAAGAGAACACUAAAUGACAAUUUGAGAAGGAGUUACUGCUUCCAGAUUUUGAUGUGUGUGGAAAAAUAUUGUUGCAAUGAUAAUCUUGCUAAUUACUGAAGAAGUAGCCAAUGAUUCAUUGAAACCAACUAGUAUGGGCUAAUCAAUCUUUUCCCCACAGUAGUCAGUUUUCUAAUCUCUGGCUAUUAUACAUUGCAGAUUUUUUCACAUGCUAUUUAAUUUACAUUGUUCUAUGCUAUUUAAAGUCUCCAAAUAACUUAUUUGUCCUUUCUGGUAGGUUAUCAUAAUACCCCUUCGUAAGAUUCCUGAUAUUAUUCCUGGGCAGCUAUUCUUUAUAUACAGUGCAAAUGACAGGCUUUGUAUGGGUCACCUUUACAGUGCUUCUGAUUGUGGCUUUAGUUCAAGUUGGAUUCUUUAUGAAAUGUACAUCUUCACAUAAGAAAACCUUACAUUAUGCUUUGAUUUUUAGACUAACUACAUUACAUGUGACUAAAGGUUUUAUACACUAUAUGUGCAUUUAUUGAAUAUAAAACAUUUACUCAUUUAUUUUUGGCAAAAGCUGGUUAAGCACAUGUACUUACGAGUUUGUAUUAAAGCUGUAGGUUUGUGUAUUUAUUUAGUGUCUGUAUUAAGAGGACAUUUACUUCUGAUUAUUGCUUUUUGCUCCUUGAGCCAUAUAAUACUGUUUGUGCUUACAUUGUGGUGUCGAUUUGGUCAAAGGUUGGAUACAUAGGAGUCACCUACUUUUAAAAACGAAUUUUAUUUGAUACUUAGUAAUCUUUCACAGUUUUUCAAAUCAAUAUAACCUACUUUCCCUGAAUAAAAUAAAAUGAAGGAGUUAAUUCGACAAAAGGAUGUAAUCUUUAGAAUAGUUGUGUACCCAACAUAAAAGUACCCAAAUAUAUAAGCAACAAUGAACAGACAAGAACAGAAAAAGAGACAGCAAUACAAGAGCAGGGGACUUCAAUUGUGCACCUUCAAUAUGGGACAAGAUAAUCAAUAAGGAAGUACCAGGCUCAAUGAUAUUUAGCAGAUUGACUUACAACGUUCCACCAACAGCAAAAAACACAUUGUUCUCACAUGCACAAGGAACAUUCUCCAAUAUAGAUUUUAUAUUGGGCCACAAACAAGUUUUAAUAAAUUUGAUUGAAAUCGUAUCAGGCAUCUUUUCCUACGACAGUGCCAUGAAAGGAAGUCAGGUACAAGUACAAAACUAGAAAAAUUAUAAACAUGUGAAAAAUAAAGAACGUGCAAUAGCAUUACUCCUAAUAGCCAGGAUCUGGAAAUGACUUGUGUCUCUUGUCAGAUGAGUAGAUAAUAUGGUGGAUAUAUAAAAUAUACGUUGGCUAUAAUUAACAAUACUCUAUUCGCUAUCUGAAAAUUGCUAAAAAAUUCUUAUUAAUUCUUAUAACACACCAAAUUGUAAACUGUGAGGUAAUGGAUGCUAAGUAAACUUACUGUUGUAAAUGUUUUGCAAUAUAUAAAUAUAUAUAUAUGUUUUUUAUAUAUAUAAUAAAUUAUACACUUUUAAACUUAUAUAAUGUCAUGUCAAUAGUAGGUGAAGAAAACUGGGAAAAAGUAAGCAGAUUAUUGAUUAGAUAUGAGGAUAAGAAGAUGAGAGUGGUGACAGCUAAAGAGUGUGAAGUUUCUUAGGAGGUAAUGAGAUGUUCUAGAAUUGACAAUGGUUUGCUUAUACCUACAUGUGACUCAGUUAAAAAGCUAUCAAUUGUACACAUUAAGUGGAUAAAUUGUGUGGCAUGUAAGUUAUACCAAAUAAAGCUGUUUAAAAGGAACCCCAAA